AUGGAGGGUGGAGCGGAGAUAUUGAGUGAGUGGGGUCAAGAAAUGACAAAUGUGAAGCAAACACGGGCUGGGAGGAGGUCUCAAAAAAGCAAACGAGAGACUCGACAAGAUGUGAAUAGAAGAGAGCAGUUUCACAGGCAAAAAGGGAAAGAAAUUGAAUGCCGGGGUGAUCUAACAACUAAUGGCGAACAACAACUCUGUCAGGGCCAACAAAAAAUCCCAAACUCCUCCUCCGCAAGGGCCUAG